GUUCGUUUACCUCCAUGCCUAUGACUCUACCUUGCGCCGAAAUUCAACGCUAACAAGUACUUACAGUAGGAGCAUACAGCCCGUCCUCACAAGGUACUAUUCAAGACUGCAUCACUGUGGCUCCUCGUCACCCUAAGGCGCAUAUGGCGCGAGGGAGCUCUUCCGCUGCUCUUCGGCCAGGUGAGGACGGUCCGAAAUACGAUCUCACAACACUUGCGAAUCCCAUCCGACCAACUAGCAGACCUCAUGCCCCGAUGUUUAAUCUAGAACAGGUUUACGACGUCUUCAACGACACCCCUUGGGGAAAUCAACAAAGCGACACAGUGGGGGAGCAGAAUCCCACCGAACGUCGCCGAAACAACAACAAAACUGCUCAGUCUAGAGUCUCGAAGCAGACAAAGAGAAAACCCCUUGGACCUCGAGCUGGCUCGGGAGUCUCCAAGCCCCCCCAUCUGCCCAAGCAGCCCGUCACGCAACCCAAGCGAUCUAAGAGUCCUCAGGGGAAGAGCCCAAUCGAUGUCGUUGCCAGAGGGGCCACCUCAACCCCAAGCAACCCAAGCGACCCUGCCCCUUACUAUGAAGUUGCUCGCGCCCCUAAUCUCAGCAGACCAAUUCCCGACUUUGAUCCGGCUUUGAUAUCUGCUUGUCCCAAGCCACUAUCGCCUUCAGAGAUGUUGGAUGCAGACAAGUACUUCCUCUAUCAGAUGGCCACAGCUCGUCACCUGGCCUUCAACGGUGUUUCGGGCCCAUACCAGGUUGGUCACUGCUUGUGUGACGUCCAUAAGGCAACCGGGAAUCUCAUCAAAUUUGCACGAGCCUGCACCGCUCCAAAUGGCGAAAAAUAUUGGCGCCAUCUCAUGACAAAUGCGUCUAUUAAGGCUCAAGAUGGGUCUACCCUGACAGGCAAGCCAGCAGCACUCUCAAAUGGAGCCCUGAUUUGGAUGGCAGAUGAGGAAGGGAAGGCUAUAGCUCCUGAAUGGACGUUCAAAGAGCCCCAAUUCUUGCCUCAAUCCUCGGAGGGCCAGGAAAUGGGACAGCAUCCAAAGCAAGCUCAGCAGGAUAUCAACCCAAUCCAUCCUGGACUCAAGACUACUAGCAAAGAUCCUUUUUGGUGGUGAACGACACAAGAUCGUUGCCAAGUUGCAUGGAUGGAGCAUUGAGCGUCCCGAGAGAAUGUUUGAGUGAACAUCCCUGGAAAUAGCCACACCCUGGUUUGGCCAUGUGCGAGUCUCUUCAGUCCUUCUGGUUCAUAUGACGAAUCACAUAUGGAGUACGGAGUAAAGAACUGUGUUUGGAUCGGGUUGACCCGGAGGGUCUUGGUUUAUACAUUGACGUAUGGUCGGAAACUUGUUGUUAGCUGGUCUCUGGAGUUUGAUAUACUCGAUUUUGAGUUUUGAUGAAAUUCUAUCGCUACUAGGUAAUAAUAAUGCUAAUUGCCGAUGAAUGAGUGGUAGUUGUCGAAUCAAGUGGCCAUGAUUGAUGAUUACGGAAGA